AUGGAUCAUCACGCCGACUUCGCGACGUUCGACCCGCUCGCAGCGCUUGAGGCCGAGUAUGCAGCGGUGAUAACGCAUAGCAGACGCAUUUCUAAUCAUUACUCUGUAGUGAAGUUGGAUGACGCAGAAUCUACUGGCAGUGAGAGCGAAGAUAUCGAGAGCGCUACGGACGAAGGCUUUGAAAACUACGCUCUACUGCCUUCAUCGCCUUGUACCAGUGACACUGAAGCAUUUGAAAUGCUUGUAGAGGAGCAUGAUGGUGUUCGUAGAGAACAAGAUAAUGUCGAACAUACUCAAAUCAAGUUAAAAGCUGAGGAAUUGCCAUUGAAACGAGAAAGUAUCCGUCUGGAAGAGAGCAAGCGGUUGGCCAUUAUGCAGAGCAUGCAACAGGUGAAACUUUGUCCACCACCAUGGGCCCAAGGGACCAAUAUAACGGACGAGGAGCUAUUGAAACUGGUACAGCAACAGCUUGGGCUGAUGAACAAAGUGGAGUAA